AUGCGAUUUGCACGCUUUCUGAGGACUCACGGGCCUUGGACAGGGAAACUUUCUCUUUUAAAUGUAGAUGGCGACGUGUUGUACAUCGUUACUGAAGAUGAGGACGUGUUGUACAUCGUUACUGAAGAUGAGGACGUGUUGUACAUCGUUACUGAAGAUGAGGACGUGUUGUAUAUCGUUACUGAAGAUGAGGACGUGUUGUACAUCGUUACGGAAGAUGAGGACGUGUUGUACAUCGUUACGGAAGAUGAGGACGUGUUGUACAUCGUUACGGAAGAUGAGGACGUGUUGUACAUCGUUACGGAAGAUGAGGACGUGUUGUACAUCGUUACUGAAGAUGAGGACGUGUUGUACAUCGUUACGGAAGAUGAGGACGUGUUGUACAUCGUUACUGAAGAUGAGGACGUGUUGUACAUCGUUACUGAAGAUGAGGACGUGUUGUACAUCGUUACGGAAGAUGAGGACGUGUUGUACAUCGUUACUGAAGAUGAGGACGUGUUGUACAUCGUUACUGAAGAUGAGGACGUGUUGUACAUCGUUACUGAAGAUGAGGACGUGUUGUACAUCGUUACGGAAGAUGAGGACGUGUUGUACAUCGUUACUGAAGAUGAGGACGUGUUGUACAUCGUUACUGAAGAUGAGGACGUGUUGUACAUCGUUACUGAAGAUGAGGACGUGUUGUACAUCGUUACUGAAGAUGAGGACGUGUUGUACAUCGUUACUGAAGAUGAGGACGUGUUGUACAUCGUUACUGAAGAUGAGGACGUGUUGUACAUCGUUACUGAAGAUGAGGACGUGUUGUACAUCGUUACUGAAGAUGAGGACGUGUUGUACAUCGUUACUGAAGAUGAGGACGUGUUGUACAUCGUUACGGAAGAUGAGGACGUGUUGUACAUCGUUACUGAAGACGUUGAGAGUAAUGAGAGAAAGAAGAGUGGUGAGAGAAAGGAGAGUGGUGAGAGAAAGGAGAGUGGUGAGAGAAAGGAGAGUGGUGAGAGAAAGGAGAGUGGGGAGAGAAAGGAGAGUGGUGAGAGAAAGGAGAGUGGUGAGAGAAAGGAGAGUGGUGAGAGAAAGGAGAGUGGUGAGAGAAAGGAGAGUGGUGAGAGAAAGGAGAGUGGUGAGAGUAAGGAGAGUGGUGAGAGAAAGGAGAGUGGUGAGAGAAAGGAAAGUGGUGAGAGAAAGGAGAGUGGUGAGAGAAAGGAGAGUGGUGAGAGAAAGGAGAGUGGUGAGAGAAAGGAGAGUGGUGAGAGAAAGGAGAGUGGGGAGAGAAAGGAGAGUGGUGAGAGAAAGGAGAGUGGUGAGAGAAAGGAGAGUGGUGAGAGAAAGGAGAGUGGUGAGAGAAAGGAGAGUGGUGAGAGAAAGGAGAGUGGUGAGAGUAAGGAGAGUGGUGAGAGAAAGGAGAGUGGUGAGAGAAAGGAAAGUGGUGAGAGAAAGGAGAGUGGUGAGAGAAAGGAGAGUGGUGAGAGAAAGGAGAGUGGUGAGAGAAAGGAGAGUGGUGAGAGAGAGGAGAGUGGUGAGAGAAAGGAGAGUGGUGAGAGAAAGGAGAGUGGUGAGAGAAAGGAGAGUGGUGAGAGAAAGGAGAGUGGUGAGAGAAAGGAGAGUGGUGAGAGAAAGGAGAGUGGUGAGAGAAAGGAGAGUGGUGAGAGAAAGGAGAGUGGGGAGAGAAAGGAGAGUGGUGAGAGAAAGGAGAGUGGUGAGAGAAAGGAGAGUGGUGAGAGAAAGGAGAGUGGUGAGAGAAAGGAGAGUGGGGAGAGAAAGGAGAGUGGUGAGAGAAAGGAGAGUGGUGAGAGAAAGGAGAGUGGUGAGAGAAAGGAGAGUGGUGAGAGAAAGGAGAGUGGUGAGAGAAAGGAGAGUGGUGAGAGAAAGGAGAGUGGUGAGAGAAAGGAGAGUAGUGAGAAAGAUAUAAGAUACCUAACAUAG